AUGCCUCGUAAAACAGCUAAACGUUCCCGAUCACCUUCCUCAAGUGACAGUACAGCUACUCCACCGCCUAAAACUAAAAAGCCAAGAACAAGUAAGACCGCCAAAUCAACAUCAAGUAUAAGAAGAACAUCAGGUAUCAAACAUAGCUCGACCGGCAGUGAAGGACAAGGGGAGAAAGAUGAUCCCGACGAUGCGGGUUCCGCCUCGUCAACUUCCUCUUCUUUACAGGAUCAGGAUCAAGACAGCGAUGAAGAUGAAGAUGUGAUGAAACAUAGCACGAGCAAUUCCAACUCAAACUCAGACGCCAAUAUGAAACACAAGAAAGAAGUUAUCAUUGCGAUGGUCAAUCGAAUGGAUCCCAAACAGUUGAAGAGAAUACUGGAAGAUUCUGCCAAAUACCUACAAAAGGGUGGAACCGAUCUCGAUGAUCCUGAAAAAGAUGACGCGGGAGACGUGAGUAAAGUGAGGAACAUCUGGGAGAGGGUCAUGGAGAAUUGGGACGAUUCGGAAGAAGAGGACGAGAUGGCUGUUGUGGAAGAAGCAGAGAAGCUUGCCAAUGCACUUGCUGCGCCUUUCGACAAGCUUCAAGCCCAAUCUACCAGUUCCCUCAACGAGGUGACCUACACAGUCAACCAAGCAUUUCAAAAUGCAUUGGAACCCUUCAAGAAUGAUAUCAUCCUCGAGCAAUUGAAGCUUUGUGAAGCAGCUCAAGCGAAACUCGCUCAUAAAACUAAGGAAAGAUGGGACAUCGCCAUGGCUCAUAUGGCACACAAGAAACAGAAAUUUCAAGAGAUCAUGAGACAGAUUCACGCGAUCAACGAAGAGAAGAAACAAUUGAUAGAACAGGCUAAGAAAGAUUUCGAUGCAGCUUUGGAAAGACAAGCCGCAGAAAUUGAAGGUUUUAAGAAACGGAUCCGGGAAUCCCAAGAAAGAUGCCGAGAGCAGCUUGUCAAAGCUCAAGAUCAAGACCGUAUCAACAAAGAGGUCAACAUGCUCAUGGCCAAAUUUCUCAACGGUGAUCGAACAUGA